GCCGCCACUACCUCCCCAGCAGCAGCGAUCUCUAUCGGCUCCAUCGCCAGCGGCGUUGAGCGGCGUGGCUCUCCCGUUCAUGCCGCCCCCACAGCUGCCGCAGCAACACCAUCACCACAAGCAGCAGCAGCAGCAGCAGCAGCAGCGGGCAGCGUCGUCCACACCAGUGGCCCCGGCGUACCCGCCCCAACAACCCCCUCAGGAGAAGACCCUCGACGCCCUCGUCUCGGAGUUCCUGUCGAUGGAGGCACCGCCCCCCCCGGAACCCGUCAACGAGACCUUGGCCCUCGGCGACCCGGACGGGUGGGUGGCGGCGCUGGGGCAGCUCGCCUGGCGGAGAGCGUGGCGGAAGCUGGUCGAGAUCGCGGGGACCAUGCUCGUGGCGCACAGGGGGGGGGGGGCGCCGGGCCUGACCGCGGACCAGGCGAUGGAUUUGCGCCUCCGACGCGCCAUGGGGAUGCUCAAGCUCGGGAGGGCGGCGGAGGCGGCGGAGGCGGCCGUGGAAGCAGGCCAGGAGGCCGGUCAGCCGCCGCUGGCCGCCGUUACCGUCGCCGCCCGUGUCGCCGCCGCGGGAGCAAAGUCUGUCUGCGAGGGGGAGGCGGAGGAGGAGGCGCUGGACGAGCUGACCGCGCUCAAGGUAACAGCAGCAGCAGCAGGAGAGGAGGGCGCAAGGGCGUCGGUGGACAACGUUAGGGUGGAGCUUCUCUCUCGCAUCGGCAGGGUGUUCUUGCAGUUUGGCUCGCUGGAGGACGCGGAGGUUUAUUUCCGUCGCGCGGAGGCCGCGGCAGCGGUGGCGGGGAGCAAUCCCAGAAUACUUGUGAAUCGCGGCUUGCUGGACUUUUCGAGGAACGAGUUCGUGGCGGCGCAAGAAAACUUCCGAAACGCGGCCACAGAGGCGGCGAUGUUAGCGGCCAAGGAGGAGCCACCAGACGGCAGUGACGACAACUGGCUCUGGGCGACCCUAGAUCAGGGCGCUGGGCUCCUCGACGCCGCCCUCAACAACCUCAGCCUGGCGAUGGUGUACUCGUGCGACGUCCUGCGCGGGGUCAGGACCCUGGAGGGGCUGAUAAGGAAGGACCCCCGGUUGUACAUGCUGGACGUGGUGAUCUUCAACCUCUGCACGCUGUACGACCUGUCCUUCGACGCCGUUGCCAGCGCCAAGAAGAAGCGGACGCUGCAGGCGGUCGCCCAGCGGUUUCGGCUCGAAGACAUCGACGCCUCCUCCUUCCGCAUGAGCUGAACCGGAGAACCGGUCUCUCUUUUUGUGUGUGUGUGUGUUAUUUUUUUUUGCUCUCUGCAUAUAUCACAUGUAUGUAGCUGAAAAUAUGACGUGAUUUCGUUGGGGUCCUUAAUCGUGUUGUAUCAUGCGCGAAGUUUGUUGUAUGUUGCUCGCGUCUUGUCGCAGUGGCCAUUGAAAAAACUGCACCUUUCUUGACUUCGAUGCUUUGCCAAGCAAGCAACCACGCGGGUACUGUAGGUAGGUUUGGCCAAGCAUCCCUUCGGAUACUUGAAAACGAGUCGCGCAGAGCUCUUUCUGGGAGGCUGAAGGUAUUUGGUUGUGAGUGCUCCCUCACCAGGUCAAGGAACAGUGCCCGCCGU